GGAAGAGCUCGUUCGUGUACGUAGCUGAGAGGCCUAUGGAUGAGGAGGACGCGGCGGCCCCGCACUCCAGGCCAUUGCAAUCCUCGGCCUCUGCUUCUCUCCAUUUCAUUGCCACUUGGCGGAAGCCUGCAACCACCUCGGGAAUUGUUUGCUGCUCCUGCUCUGGCUUCUUUCAUGAGGAGCAGCCCUAAUAAUCAGCUCUUUAAGAUCUGAUCUUUUUGGUGUGUUUGUUCUCAUGAACAAGAUGGAUGACCUCAACCUGCACUACCGGUUUCUAAAUUGGCGCCGGAGGAUCCGGGAGAUUCGGGAGGUUCGGGCUUUCCGGUAUCAGGAGAGGUUCAAGCACAUUCUUGUUGAUGGAGACACUUUGAGUUACCAUGGAAACUCUGGUGAAGUUGGCUGCUAUGUGGCAUCUCGACCCCUGACCAAGGACAGCAAUUAUUUCGAGGUGUCGAUUGUCGAUAGUGGGGUUCGGGGCACGAUUGCCGUGGGGCUGGUUCCUCAGUACUACAGCUUGGAUCACCAGCCUGGCUGGCUGCCAGACUCCGUAGCCUACCAUGCUGAUGAUGGCAAGUUGUACAAUGGCCGAGCCAAGGGCCGCCAGUUUGGGUCAAAGUGCAACUCUGGGGACCGGAUUGGUUGCGGCAUUGAGCCUGUGUCCUUUGAUGUGCAGACUGCUCAGAUCUUCUUCACCAAGAACGGGAAGCGGGUGGGCUCUACCAUCAUGCCCAUGUCCCCUGAUGGGCUAUUCCCAGCAGUAGGGAUGCAUUCUCUGGGUGAAGAAGUACGCCUGCACCUCAACGCUGAGCUGGGCCGGGAGGAUGACAGCAUCAUGAUGGUGGACAGUUACGAGGAUGAGUGGGGCCGGCUGCAUGACGUCAGGGUCUGUGGAACUCUUCUGGAGUACCUGGGCAAGGGUAAGAGCAUCGUUGACGUUGGACUGGCUCAGGCCCGGCACCCAUUGAGUACCCGUAGCCACUACUUCGAGGUGGAAAUUGUGGACCCUGGAGAGAAAUGCUACAUUGCCUUGGGGCUGGCUCGAAAGGAUUACCCCAAGAACAGGCACCCUGGCUGGAGCAGAGGUUCUGUGGCUUAUCAUGCAGAUGAUGGGAAGAUCUUCCAUGGCAGUGGUGUGGGGGAUCCCUUUGGGCCACGCUGCUACAAAGGGGACAUUAUGGGCUGUGGAAUCAUGUUCCCGAGGGACUACAUUCUCGACAGUGAGGGUGACAGUGAUGACAGCUGUGACACUGUGAUCCUAUCCCCAACUGCUCGAGCAGUUCGAAACGUCCGCAAUGUCAUGUACCUACAUCAGGAAGGAGAAGAGGAGGAGGAGGAAGAGGAAGAAGAUGGGGAAGAGAUAGAGCAGGAACAUGAGGGCAAGAAGGUGGUGGUUUUCUUCACUCGGAAUGGCAAGAUCAUUGGGAAGAAGGACGCGGUUGUUCCUUCUGGGGGUUUCUUUCCUACCAUUGGAAUGCUGAGCUGUGGAGAGAAGGUCAAAGUGGAUCUGCACCCCUUGAGUGGCUAGGGGCUGGUCCCCACACCUGCCUGGCCCCUCCAAGCAGUCUUUGGCAGACCCAGGUACCCAAUUCCUGACUUCCCCAGGAGUGGCGCACCUCACCCACAGGUCCUGGGGAGGUCUAGUCACUGCUCUCUCCUCAGGCUCUCGAGCUCCCCACCCGCUUUUCAGCCUGGUGCUGCUCCUCAUCAGUCCCGUGUCUGAGCGCCUGCUUGGACAGGAACAGGCCCAAAGAAUGGUGGCUAGCUCAGUGGGUCCCACUGGCUUUGGCAGUAGCCUUCUGCACACCCUUUUCCCCUGCCCAUGCGAGUGGGGAGGAGUAAGCCCCCUGUCUCGGCUGCUAUUUACACGGGCACUCGGCCCGCAGAGGGAGGAGUGGACACUCCUGCCAGUUUCCCGUUGACUCCUGCAUUCUACUUCCCUAUACCCUGGUUGCUAUUGAGGCUCUUUUCAUGACUGUGGUUCCAGAAGGAACCCCACUAGGGUCUCUGCUCUUUCCCUCCUUACCACUUGAUGCUUUAGUCCUACAUCUCCUGGGAAAAUGAGGGGCACUUGGGCCUUUGGUCCCUACCCCCCCUUCCCUGCUGUCCCUUAUAUCUAGCGCCUGUCUCUCCUGCUGUGAGGUGACCCCCCCCCCCCACCUUGGUCCUUCCACCCUCCCUCUCUCCUGUUCUGGCCCUACACCAACCUCCACACCUAUUUACUGCCUGUGCCAGUUGCCUGUGUUGCCUCAGUGUUUGAUUCUAGGAGUUCCAUGUAUCCCCCUCCUCUACCCCUUUGGCCCCCGACUUCCCCUGGGAGGAAGAGGGAGUGGGCGCAAUUGGCCUUGGUUUGCACAGAGUGGGCGGCACCGGGGAGUGGAGGAGCUAUUGUGCUGCUGAAGCCCCCAUGGCCCUCCUUUCAGGCCUGCACUAUGAUGUAAGAAAUGUAUGUACAGACCAGAGAUGUUUAUACCGCCAAUAAAGACAAGUUUCCGUAUUUAUCAGUA